AAAGUAAUCAUCAGUCUUCAGUGUCUCUGUCUGUGUGUGUGAGCAGUAAAAUGGCAGAAUCCAGUGUUUCUUGGGCUCAGGAUAAUUUCAGCUGUUCAGUGUGUCUGGAUCUCCUGAAGGAUCCAGUCUCCAUUCCUUGUGGACACAGUUAUUGUAUGAGCUGCAUCACAGACUGCUGGAAUCAGGAGGAUCAGAAGAGAGUCUACAGCUGCCCUCAGUGCAGACAGACCUUCAGCCCCAGACCCGCUUUAGCUAAGAACACCAUGCUGGCUGAAGUGCUGGAGAAACUGCAGAAGAGCAAACUACAAGCUGCUGGUCCUGCUCAGAGUCCCGCUGCAUCUGGAGAUGUGGAGUGUGACGUCUGUACUGGAGCCAAAAACAGAGCCGUCAAGUCCUGUCUGGUGUGUCUGAACUCUUACUGUCGGACUCAUUUUCAGCGCCAUCAAGAACUGAAUCCAGGAAAUCAACACCAAGUGACUGAAGCCACUCGACGACUGCAGGAGAUGAUCUGUCCUAAACAUGAGAAACUCCUGGAGAUCUUCUGCCGCACUGAUCACUGCUGUAUAUGUUAUCUGUGUUUGCUCGAUGAACACAAAACCCAUGACACUGUUUCAGCUGCAGCACAGAGGACUGAACAACAGAGUGAGCUGGAGGAAACCCAGAGCAGUCUCCAGCAGACACUCCAGGAGAGACAGAAGGAGCUGGAGGAGCUGAGAGAGGCUGUGGAGUCUCACAAGCGCUCUACACAGGCCGCAGUGGACCACACCGAGAGGAUCUUCACUCAGCUCAUCUGCUGGAUUGAGAGAAGCCGCUCGGAGCUCACGCAGAUGAUCAGAGAUGGAGAAAAGACUGCAGUGAGUGGAGCUGAAGAACGACUGGAGCGACUGGAGCAGGAGAUCAAUGAUCUGAGGAGGAGAAACGCUGAGCUGGAGCAGCUUUCACACGCAGAAGAUCACAUCCAUUUCCUCCAGAGUUUCCAGUCUCUCUCUGUCCUCCUGGAUCUACAGACUCGUCCAGCUUUAUUAUCAACUCUCCACCUGCUUUUGAUCAACUUGCUGAAUCUGUGUCUCAUCUGAGAGAUAAACUGCAGCAGUUCUGCACAGAGGAGAUGAAGACGAUAUCUAGUAGAGUGAGAAUCAUUAGCAUCAUUUCCACACCUGAACCAAAGACUCAAGAGGAAUUAGUGCUUAAGU